AUGGACUUGCUCCGAUCCAAUCUCUCCCGGGUUCGGAUCCCGGAGCCCACCAACCGCAUCUACAAGCAAGAAUGCUGCAUAUCUUUCGACACUCCGAGAUCAGAAGGUGGCUUGUUUGUUGACAUGAACACAUUUCUCGCUUUUGGGAAGGAUUGUGUGGGCUGGAAUUAUGACAAGACUGGAAAUCCAGUUUAUUUGCAUAUAAAGCAAACAAAAGUGUUGGUUCCCGAAGAUAGGCCUUCGAAGAAACCAACACUCAUGGCUAUAGGUGUUGAUGGGGGAUUUGACAACAAUGAACCUGAAUAUGAAGAAACUCACAGUAUAGUCCUAUUGCCUGAUUAUGUAACCCUUCCAUUUCCUUCUGUUGAGUUGCCAGAGAAGGUAAGGUUGGCGGUUGAUGCCAUUUUAUUGGCUGAGGGUGCUGAGAGGAAAGAGCAACUUGCAGCAUGGACAGCUGAGAAGAAGCAAGUUAGCCCAUAUGCAAUGAAUUUGCAACAGAUUGACAAUGGUAUAGUGGUUCCUUCAUCUGGCUGGAAAUGUUCCAAGUGUGAUAAAAGAGAAAAUCUUUGGUUAAAUCUAACUGAUGGAACAAUCCUUUGUGGGAGAAAAAAUUGGGAUGGUACUGGAGGUAACAACCAUGCCAUUGAACACUAUAAGGAGACAUGCUAUCCUCUUGCUGUAAAGCUGGGGACAAUUACGGCGGAUCUAGAAGGAGCAGAUGUUUUCUCUUAUCCAGAGGAUGAUAGUGUCUUGGACCCACUUUUAGCACAACAUCUGGCUUUUUUUGGCAUUGAUUUCUCAUCAUUACAGAAGACCGAGAUGACAACUGCUGAAAGAGAGCUUGACCGAAUACCAAUUUUGACUGGAACCGAAUUCAAGAAAGUGGACAAGAAGUUGAACCGAUAUUUGGACCUGGUUACACUGGACUUGUCAAUCUGGGAAACAGCUACGAUGCAAGUUGUGUUCUCAACACACUCUUUCUAUUCCGGAUACUACAAGAAUCGAAAUUUGAAAUUGGCUUUUGAGAAGGCUCCAGCUGAUCCCACUGUAGAUCUUAACAUGCAGUUAACAAAGCUGGCGCAUGGUUUGCUAUCUGGUAAAUAUUCCGUUCCUGUAGCAGAGGGAAAAGAUGAUCCAAAUGCUACUGCUACUACAACAAAAUCUAAACAGGAAGGGAUACCCCCUCGUAUGUUUAAAGCAGUUAUUGCUGCCAGCCAUCCUGAAUUUUCUUCCAUGAGACAACAGGAUGCCUUGGAAUUCUUCCUACAUUUUCUUGACCAAGUCGAACGAGCCCAUGCUGGAAAACCUGAAGCAGAUCCUGCAAGGAGUUUCAAGUUUGGUAUUGAAGAUCGUAUUCUGUGUUCAUCUGGGAAAGUUGCAUACAAUAGAAGGCUUGACUACAUUCUUUCUUUGAACAUCCCCCUUCAUGCAGCUACUAAUAAAGAGGAACUUGAAGCCUUUCAGAAAUUGAAGGCAGAAAAGAUUUCGGAAGGCAAGGAAGUAUCCAGUGAUGAAAUUGUACGUCCAAGGGUUCCUCUAGAAGCAUGCCUUGCAAGCUUUUCGUCUCCAGAAGAGAUACAGGACUUUUACAGCACUGCUUUGAAGGCCAAGACAACAGCAGUGAAGAGUGGAGGCUUAACUUCAUUCCCUGAUUAUCUGGUGUUGCACAUGCGGAAGUUUGUAAUGGAGGUUGGCUGGGUGCCGAAAAAGCUUGAUGUCUAUGUGGAUGUUCCUGAUAUCAUAGAUAUUAGUCACAUGCGCAGCAAGGGACUCCAACCUGGUGAAGAGUUGUUACCAGAGGGUGUUCCUGGGGAAGAGGAGGAACCAAAUAAGCCUGUGGCCGAUGAGAGUAUUGUUUCACAGCUUGUUUCAAUGGGGUUUAGCCAUCUACACUGCCAGAAAGCUGCCAUUAAUACGUCAAAUACUGGGGUGGAAGAAGCAAUGAAUUGGCUACUUUCUCACAUGGAUGAUCCGGAUAUAGAUGCUCCCAUUUCUGAAGGGGGACAAAAUGUGGUUGACCAAUCAAAAGUUGAUAUGUUGCUUUCCUUUGGUUUUCAAGAAGACGUUGCUCGGACAGCACUGAAAGCAUCGGGUGGUGACAUUGAGAAAGCAACGGAUUGGAUAUUCAACAAUCCUGAUGCUUCUGUUUCAACUGAUAUGGAUGCGACAACAUCAGAAAAUGCACCUACUGCCGCUGAUGCUGGACUACCUGAUGGAGGAGGGAAAUAUAGACUUAUUGGAAUUGUGAGCCACAUUGGAACCUCUACUCAAUGUGGUCACUAUGUUGCACAUAUCUUUAAAGAUGGUAGAUGGGUUAUUUUCAAUGAUGACAAGGUUGGAGCUUCGGUAAAUACCCCAAAGGACAUGGGAUAUCUUUAUUUCUUUGAGAGACUGAACAAUUGA